CAAGAUUUUCAAUUUUUACCUAAAAUCUGCCUAAAAACCAUCAAAAAAUUAAGAAAAUUUUCAUCAGAGCAAAAUUCAUCAAAAUAUUAAAUAAAAAUGGAUCAAAAAAUGGAAAAACUCUGUCGUUCCUUGGAUUUAAUCGAGAAACAAGCCGUCGUCUUGCAAGAAAAACAACAAAACAUCGAAAAACUCAUCAAAUUAGACGAAAUCACAAAGGAAGCAAGGGCUAAUUUAGAUCUCAUCCACAAAAAUCUCACCUCCAACAUCGACGAACUCAAAAAAACCUGCAGCCAAAUCAAAAAACGCGUCGGAGUCCUUCAACUUCAGAUGUUAUAUUUGCUCGAAAAGGUCGAUGCGGUCCAAAUUAAUUCCAAACCCGUCACAAAAGUCCUCCAACCAAACACGAAUUACGGAAAUUUCUCUCCAAAUGUCUCAAAUUUGCCAGUUUCAAAAAUUGCGAUCUCCGACACUCCAAUGCGGAUGCGAGUCACAGACUACGAGAAUUCUCCUUUCAUCUCGCGACGACAACCGAUGCAGCUGCAAUUCAUAGAUUUCGAGGCGCAAGUCACCCAUGAGGAUUUUGCCGGUAUUCCGAGUUACAUGAAAGGUCGUGAGAGUCUCGAGGAGUUGCGGGCAUUCCUCGAUCAGAUCGUGAUUAGUUGUUUUACGGAGAAAUAUACGCUGAUGUGCAAGAAACGUGAUGCAAUUCGAAAUCCGCACGACAUUGAGAUCUGGAAAAUUUAUAAGCAGCAAAAAGAUGACUUUCCGGGCAAAUAUUUCGUGACGGAGGGCGAUAUUGCGAGGAAAAUUGGGCGUUUAGUGGAUAAAAAGAUGAAUUGUAAGCUGCAAAUGUUGCGUCAUUUGGGAAUUAUUAAGGAAGUGAGGAAAGUCAAGACUGUUUAUUACAUCUGGAAUCUUUAGUUGAACUAAAAUUUUGAAAAAAAAAACAAAAAAUAUUUAAGAAAUUAGUAUGAAAAAAUAAUCAGUCAAGUAAAUUUCUUUAGAAAAAGUUCCUUAAAAGAUCAAUUUUCGUCAAAAAUAAUAAAAUUUGUAAAUUUUUCUGUCUUAAUUUUUGAUCAAAUUAUUUUUUUAAAGAUAUUUUUGUCAUUUUGUGUAAAAAUUAAAUUUUUGAGCUUCUAAAAUUUUUUUUUAUAAAAUUUAAAUUUUUGAAAUUGAAAAAAUUUUUUUAAA